GAGGGCGCUGAGUGACGUCAUCUUCACCCAAUCUGAGGUGAGUAUAUAACAGAGAUUCAAAAUUAUAACUGUCAUGAUCGCUGAUUGUUUCUUGGUCAUUUGGUAAACAUUUACGCUGAAAAUAAGGAUUGAUACCCCCCGCCUCUUUGGCUGUUAGAAUACUAUUAUGGCUGAUGACAGUGAAUGGAUGAAAUUACCUACUGAGGGGAAAUGUCAGCACAAGGUUUGGAAAGCUAGACUCAGUGGGUAUGAAGAAGCAACCAAAUUAUUCAGUAGUUUGACUGAUGAUAAAAACCCAGAAUUUUCUAAAUAUCAAGGCCUCAUAAAAAAAUUUGUAGUAGACAGCAAUGUUGUGGCCCAAGAAAAAGGCUUGGAAGCGGUGCUGGCAUAUGUGGAAAACGCACAAGUGGCUACAAGAAUUUGUGCUGAAGUUAUUGGAGGAAUUGUAGCAAAAUGUUUCAAUGUGAAUAAAACCAAAACAAAAGAACUAGCAAAUGAAAUAAUAUUGGUGUAUAUUGAAAUUGAGAAACAGGAUAUAGUUCUGGAAGAACUCUUGAAAGGUGUGGAAUACAAACAGCCUAAAAUAGUUGUGGGCUCUGUAAUGGCUCUCACUCGAGCUUUAAGAGAAUAUGGUUCAAAAGUUAUUCAAGUGAAACCUAUAAUUAAAGUAUUAGCAAAACUAUUAGAAGACCGUGACAAAACAGUUCGUGAUGAAACUAAGCAAUUAGUUAUUGAAAUCUACAGAUGGAUUGGUGCUGCUAUUAAAUCACAAUUUACCAAUUUCAACCCAAUUCAGGUCCAAGAAUUUGAAGCUGAAUUUGAAAAGCUACCUGCUGAAAGACCUAUUCAAACUCGUUUUCUGAGAUCACAACAGGAUCUCAAAGCUAAGCUAGAACAGGCAGCCUCUGCUGCUCCCUGUGGAGAUGGAGAUGCUUCUGGUGCUGCUCUUGUAGAAGAGGUGGAUCCAUAUGACCUGAUGGAACCUGUCAAUAUCUUAGCAAUGUUACCCAAAAACUAUUAUGAACAAAUUGAAGCUAAGAAAUGGCAGGAACGUAAGGAAGCUUUGGAUGCACUGCUGAAAUUAGCAAGUAAUCUCAAACUAGAACCUGGAGAUUAUCAGCCUUUGAUAAAGAGUGUAAUCAAGGUUAUUGGAAAAGAUACUAACGUUAUGCUUGUGGCAUUGGGAGGAAAAAUUUUAGCUGGGAUUGCACUCGGAUUACGUAAAGAAUUUAAGCCACAUGCAAAUAUGUGUUUUGGAGUACUUCUGGAUAAAUUUAAAGAAAAGAAACUCACGGUUGUUGUUGCCUUAAGAGAAGCAAUUGAUGCAGUAUUUCAAUGUAUGAAUUUUGAAUUAAUUAUGGAGGAUGCUGUAGCUGCUCUUGAGAAUAAAAAUCCAUCAAUUCGAACUGAGACUGCCAGUUUCUUAGCUCGUUCAAUUGCAAAAGCCGUCCCUAAUGCACUGCCUAAGAAAAUUCUUAAGGUCUACUGUGUAGCUCUUGUAAAGACUAUUAAUGAUCCUGUCCCAGAAGUACGAGAAUCAUCUUUCGAAGCCCUUGGAACUGCAAUGCAACUAGUGGGAGAGAAAAAUAUAAUGCCGUUUAUAACUGAUGUAGACAACAUUAAGCAGCAGAAGAUAAAAGAAUGUGCAGAGAAAGCAGUGUUGUUGUUACCCAAUGGUCAACCCCGCAAUACUCAGUCACAGCCUUCUGCUGUAACAACAACAACAGCAGCAGCAGCAACUUCUAAAGCUGUGACUAGUUCAAAACCUGUUGCCCAACAAAAAAAGCCUGGCUCUGAUCGGCCACGUACUGCCCCAGCAUCUUCAAAAUCUCGCUCAGCAGAUGCUAAGAAAGGAACGAAAAAAGGCUCAGCUGCUGACAGAUCUUCCAAAGAAGAACCUGUGGAAGCAGUGUUAUCAGAUGAUGUUUUUGAAGAAAAAGCUGAAAGUCACUUAGGAGCUGAAAUUUUAGGCCAGCUUGCUAGUAGCAACUGGAAAGAACGUUUGCAAGGCAUAGAACAGUUUCUAAAUCUUGUAAAAGGUUUAGCAAAAGAAGAAAUUCCAACACAGGUGUUUGUACGUGUAAUAUGUAAAAAGCCAGGGCUAAAAGACAGUAAUUUUCAGGUAUUGAGAUUGAAAAUAGAAUUGAUCGGGGUUCUUGCUCAGAAAGCUAAUUUUACCAAAUGUUCUGCUGGUUUCUGUCUUGAGAGUAUGGUUGAAAAAAUUGGUGAUGUGAAAACUGGUAAUUCCUGUAAAGAAACUUUAAGUUCUAUAGCUGAAACUAUAAGCUUGGAUUUCGUUUGUCAAGAGGUGAUUAAUUCUGCCUUUGCUCAAAAGAAUCCCAAGAACCACGCAGAAGCAUUAAAUUGGCUUUCUCAAGCUAUAAAAGAGUAUAUUCCUUUUCUUUCCAGAGUAAAUUUCAAGUCUGUCAAUGAAAAUGUAAAGAAAGCUUUAGCUGCAACAAAUCCGGCUGUCCGGACUGCUGCCAUUCAGUUGCUAGGUGUUGUCUAUAUGUAUAUGGGACCAUCUUUACGUAUGUUUUAUGAAAAUGAAAAACCUGCAUUGCUACAACAAAUUGAUGCAGAAUUUGAAAAGGCUAAAAGUGAAAAACCACCGGCUCCUACAAGAGCUGUAGUAAAGACUACCAAUGGGGAAUCUGAGGAUACAUGUGAUGAAAACGAUAAUGGGAGUGAAAGCAUCAAUGUGGAAGAUCUUAUUCCUCGUAUGGAUAUUGGUGAUAAAAUAACAAGUGAAAUUCUUGCUGAAAUGGAUGAUAAGAACUGGAAAAUUCGCAAUGAAGGUCUUCAAAAAGUCACUGUCAUCUUGAACGAAAACAAAUUUGUUUUGCCUAAUCUGGGUCAGUUACCCGAAGCUUUAAAAGCCAGACUUGGAGAUUCUAACAAAAAUAUGGUAAUAACUACAUUGGGCAUAUUAGGAACUUUGGCUACUUCUCUUGGUCCUCAUUGCAAACAACAUAUCCGUACAAUUGGGCCAGGCAUAAUUAGCUGUUUUGGAGAUAGUAAGGUACAUCUGAGGACUGCUGCUGUAAAUGCUCUUAAUGCUUGGGUGGAGCACUGUAACAUACACGCCUUAGUUGAAUGUGAAGCAUUUUCUGAUGCACUGAAGAUAGAAAACCCAAACCUGCGCAUGGAGCUGCUUGGGUGGUUAAGUGAAAAAUUGCCCAAUGUGAAAUCUCUUCCAAAUGAAUUGAAAUUGUGUGUACCACUUUUGUUGAAUUGCUUGGAAGAUAGAAAUGGUGAUGUGCGUAAGAAAGCUCAGGAAUCCAUUGUGCCAUUUAUGAUACAUGUUGGCUAUGAGUGCAUGUUCAGAGCUGCUACUAAGGCAAAGCUUGCAUCCAAAGAUCAAAUGAUACAGACUCUUGAAAAAGCCCGUGCAAAUUUGCCUGCAAAACCAGUUAAAGCUGUGAAAUCUGCCCCAAAUGUUCCAAAAGCAGCUCCUGUAGCAUCAGUGAAAGCUGAAGCUGUUGACUAUGAUGAUGAAUCCGAUGGGCCGCCAAUAGCAGCCCGGCCUCAGACUGCCCCAGAAGGAAAGUCUAAGGCUGGAAAAUCAACUGGUGUCGGCCGUGGCAAGGCAGUGGCUUCUGCUAAAAGUAGCAAGAAGAAAGAAGAGGAAGAUGUAUCACCACCUUUGAUGAUUGGGGUCUCCAAAGAUCAAAGAAUGAAAGAUGAAAAGCUCUUAAAAGUUCUAAAGUGGAAUUUUACUGAGCCUCGACCUGAGUUUGUCGAACAGUUACGGAACCAGAUGGAGAAAAAUUUUAGCAAACCAUUAAUGGAUCAAUUAUUUCAUUCAGAUUUCAAAUCUCAUAUUAAAGCUAUCGAAACUUUGACAAAGUGCCUUGACACACAAAAACCAGAGUCCAUUUCCAAUCUUGACUUAAUUUUAAAAUGGUUAACUUUGCGGUUCUUUGAUACAAAUCCAAGCAUGCUGAAUAAAGCCUUAGAGUAUAUCCAGAAUGUCUUCGACCUUCUUGCAGAAGAAGAUUACCAUUUGAACGAUAUCGAGGCUGUCUCGUUUAUUCCUUAUUUGAUACAAAAAGUUGGUGAUCCUAAAGAUAAUGUUCGUCAAAAUGUUCGAGGAAUUUUAAAGUCUGUGUGUAAAGUCUAUCCCGGUAGUAAACUUUUCCCAUACAUGAUUGAUGGUCUCCGGUCUAAGAAUUCCAAACAACGAGCAGAGUGCCUGGAAGAGUGUAGUUACUUGAUGGAGGUUUAUAGCAUGUCCGUAUGCCAGCCAAACCCUAGUCAUGCUUUGAAGUUGAUUGCCCAACAAAUUAGUGAUAGAGAUAAUGGAGUAAGAAAUGCUGCCUUAAAUACAAUGGUUACUGCAUAUAUGAUGCUCAAUGAUAAACUCUUUAACCUUACUGGACCGCUGUGUGACAAAGACCAAAGUUUGCUUGAUGAACGAAUUAAAAGACACAUGAAAAAUCGUCAGUUAAAUGGACCAAAAAUUGUAAAAGAGGAAAAACCCCAAAGAGUGGCACAGACUCCACAAAAAAUUAUACAGCCAGUGGGUGGUUCAAUACGACCAAACACUGCUGGUGGGAUUCCUAAACACCAUACUGAAAGUGUAUCACGUGCAGCCUAUACUCUUGACAUAGAGGAGGAUGUUAACCAACUCGUGGAAAUGCCUAAAUUAAUUCAGUUAGACCUUGAUGAGAUUUACCAACCAGUAACUUUGCCCAAGAUAAGGAAAUCUCCUACUGUGAAAGGAUUACUCGGAAAUUCAGGAGAUAUGUCUGCUCAUGUGAAUUUUGUCAUUUCUCAGAUUACCAACAAAGAUAUUGAUCUCAGUAUUCAAGCUUUGUGUCAGCUUGAUGAAGUUUUACGAGAUCCUGAAAAGUCAACAAUAUUUGCAAGCUGUAUCGACCAGUUGUUGUUAGCAAUCUCUAUGCAAAUCAAAAUGUCUUGUUCAGCUCACAUGAGCAGUGAGGAUGUUUCAAAGGAUGAUCUCACCAGGCUGUACAGAUCUCUGUUGGCAACUAUGAUGACAGUAUUUUCUAAUAAAUCACUUGGAACACAAGCUAGUCGUGAUGUUCUAAAGGAUUUGACAAACAGUGUGAUCACAUUGUUACUAGACAGCCGUUUGAUGGACCUUGGAGAAGGGCCACAAGUUGUUCGAGCAGUCAACACUACUGUUAUUAGAAUAAUGGAGAAUUCAAACUUUACAAAUAUGCUCAGUGCUUCCAUUCGCCUGCUCCAUGAUAGUGUUUCCAGUGAAACUUGCACACCAAAAUUCAUUGAAAUGAUCAUGAAAUGUAUGUGGCGGAUGGUUCGUAUGCUCCCUGACUCAAUGAAUGACUUAAACACAGACAAGAUCCUUCAUGAUAUACAUCUCUUCUUCAAAGCUUUUCCUGCCAACUCCUGGAAAGAUCGGAGUUCUGAUUUACCUUAUCGUACAGUAAAGACAAUCUUGCACACGCUUACCAAAUUGAAAGGGAACAAGAUUCUCAGCCAUCUAACAUUAGUGGAUGAUGAAAACUCUGAACUAGAAGCUUAUUUAUCAAAAAUACUGAAAAGUGGUGUUGGUCAAAGUCAUGAUGGUCAUAGAGAAGAGAUCAAGCAUAAACGAUUAUCUAAGAAUUCUCAUGAUAUGCUUGCUGAAAUUUUCAAGAAAAUAGGGUCAAAAGAAAAUACUGUACAGGGAUUGAAUGAGCUUUACGAUUUCAAGGAAAAGAAUCCAGAUGCUGAUCUAUCUCCAUAUUUAAAAAAGUCUUCAGAAUUCUUCCAAUCUUAUAUUGAUAAUGGUAUGAAAACAAUUGCUCAAGAGCGGCGACGUGGAAUGAAAAAAGCUUCACACACACACCCAUCAAAUAUUCCAAAUACACACAAUCAGUCACCAGAUGAUGAAAUAGAUCCUAGUGUUUAUCGAGAGAGAUUACGUCGCAUACGAAUGAUGUGUGGUCUGGAUAAAAGUGAAGAGGGAGAGAAAACUGACUCACCCAAACUUUCAGAUGCAAGUAACACUAUUAACCAAGCAUUAGAAGAAGAAACCAAACAAAUGGAUUUUGACGACUUGCCUCAGAUAAAUGCUCAUGUCCCCCAGUCUGAUAGCCGACCAAUGUCAGUUGUGGCUGAUGUCAGUGAACUAAAGAUGCGUCUGGACAGAAUUAAGAAAAACCAGGUGUGAUGAAAUGAAAGUAGAUGUUUGAGUGGUUUCAUAUAUAUAUAUAUAUAUAUAUAUAACUUGAGCAAUACCUUCAGGCCAGUUGCUUCCUUUUGGACUGAUGACGCAGAGUUGUACAAUAUAUAUAUAUAUUGUAAAGCUAUUCAGCAAAUGAACUGCCAUUUCAGAGUUACUCAUAGAUAUCUGGACAAAAAAAAUAAGCAUGUUGAUUUUAUAUAUAUAUAUAUAUAUAUCUAUAUAUAUAUGUAUGUAUGUAUGUACGUAUGUAUGUGUAUGUAAAUGUUUUUGUGUUGUUACAUUUUAGGAAUGUAACAAAAGAAGAUCAGAUGUUUGUUGCACAUAACACUUAAAAAUGUUGAUACAUUUCUUCUUUUAUACUGUUUGAGCUAAAACUGUAAACGGAAUACCUUUCAUAUUAUUACAGUAAUUUCUGGGAAUUGAACAGCUUUUCUUCAUGUUACUAGGUCUUUUGUUUAUUCUUCUUUUGCAAUUGGAAAAAUCUCUUGAUGUGAGGUUUAUAUAUAUAAUUUCUUUUUAGCUGAGUGAUGGGAGCAAAAAUCUUCAUUAGUGAACAUUAUGAAAUUAACGUUAAGAUUUUUAAUUUCCCUUCACAGGCUCAUUUCUCUGAUAUUAAACAUCAAAAUUGUGUUUAUUGGGAUAAUAAGCUUUUGUGUAAUUUAGAAGUUUUCUUUUUCUCCUAUGUAAAAAAAAAAAAAGCUUUAUUGGUAUGAAGGGCUUGUGUUAAGAGAACCAAACUAAGUUUUAAACAUUCUUUAGCUGUUUUUAUUUUAUUUAUUUAUUUAGUUUUUUUUGCCAGUAGCAAUAUUUAUAAUUAAUUUUAUUGCAAAUUUUAGUUUUCGACAACACAGUGGCUUUCUGUUCUCACCAAUACCAAUUCGUUUUGCAGAUCAUUGUUCUAUUGCUAUGUAUGCAUAUUGAUAAGGAUACAUAGUUAUAACAGUGAUAUAUGGUUGUUCCUUAAAUACUUCCUUGCAUAAAGAAAGAGACAAACAGCUCACAUAGAAAUCCCAUUCUGUUGAGGCUUUCAUUUUGCUCAUUUAGCUCCUCUUUUUGUCUGUUCAGACAGUAAUGUGUCAGCCUUCGAACAGGGACAUUUAACAAUACACAUUCACGGGAAAUUAAACUUUUGUUUCUGUGAUACCAAUUUGGUUUUCCACUUUACUUCAAAAGAAAUCCUUUCAUGUGAAAGAAUAUCUACUGUAAUUCAUUCUCUUAUUUUUGUUUUCUUUUUUUAAGGAAUUAGUUAACAAUUUUUAUUUUUCUCUUGAACACUCCUUUGUCUAUUUGUUUUCAUUUUUCUUUCUCUACUUUAAAUAAUUUAAUUUUCUUCUGUUUUAUUUAUGCUCCAAAUCAGAUUUCCUUCCAAUGCUUUUGAUGUUUGUAAAUAGUCUUAAGAUAAGAAAUGUAUGAAAUAUUUUUUGCUGUGAUAGUUAUGGGAUUUCUUUUUUUCUUUUUUUUUCUGGAUUUUUUUAACAAUGUAAUUGUUUGUUUUUUUAUCCCAAACCAGCCUUAAUGAAAUAGACCUACAAUUAAAGGCAUUCUAUCUGUGACCAUCUUGUCUUUUUUUUUUUUUGUCCCUGUAUUUGAAACCUAAGAUCACAUUAUCCAAUGUGUUCUUUUGUAAGAUGAUAGGAUGUGAUUUGAGGGAAAUUUGGUUGCUAUUUCUAGCAGGUCAUGCUACUAUGUAGAAGCUUGUUUGUGGACACUUUCAAACUGUGGUGCAGCAAUAUAGUGCACUCUAGAAUGGCACAGGAGUCUUACUUGCAUUGUUGUUUGGAAGCUUCUUAGUUCAAUGCUGUUAUGUAAGAUAUUAAUUUGUGUUUCAAGGCUGCAUUGUAUGGUAUUUUCAUAAAAGCUGAUUGAUUUGUUCCUUUUGUAGGAGUUGAAUCCUUCCAUUUGGCACUUUGUACAGGCAGAAACAUUAUCCGUCUGUUUUUGCUGUUAACUGACUCUCCUGUCUUUAUGAUGUUCCUUGAACACUCCUUUGUCUCUUUGUUUUUAUGAUUUCGUUAUUCCUUUUCUUGUAAAUAGUCAUUACACACUCUCUCUCUCUCCCUCCCUCUCUCCCUCCCUAUCUCUCACUCCCUCUCUCUCUGUGUCCGCACGCAUGUGUGUGUGUGUGUGUGUGUGUGUGAACUGUUGGAUUAACAUUUUUAUGUUGUUACUUCAUAAUUAAAAUACUUGGAACACUCUUGUAUUUUGGAAAAGUUUCUCGUUGAGUUUUUGUUAUAGGAUUCAUUAGUUAAUGAUUAAUUUAGAUAAUCCAUUUUUUGUAAUUAUUCAUUUAUGUCAGCUGAAAAGUUUGGGAGUUUCAGUUGGUUCUUACUGAAAAUUGGUACUGAAUCUCGGUUACUCGUCGUCCAUUUAAUUUCUACUUUUGUUUUUCUUUUUUUACCAAAGGUAUCUUAAUCUCCUGAAGGUGUGUAUUCUUAACCUCACAUCACCAUAACCUGCUUUUUCUUACAUUUCUAUUGAAUAGUUUUGCUAAACAAAUAGCUGUUCAAUUCAUAAAAUAAAUUGUUGCUGUUGAAAGCAACUAGACAAAAGCAAUUCUUAUUUUUAAUUUACUCCUUCAUUCUGAAAAGUUUCAGGCCUAUUUCGGUGAAAAUAAUGGAGGGUUUAAUUCCGUCUAUUACCAAUUGCUUUUAAUAUCAUUAUUAUUAUUUAAACCAAAUAGGAAAUACAGCUCUUUCUUCCCAGUUUUUUAAUGCUGAUUUUUACCAAUCUGAAGAAUAUGGUAACAUAUGUAGGAAAUAUGAGGGUCUUUGCUUUCUUAUGUUCUUUUGUUGUUUUUUCUUUUGUAAAUAUUUAUUCUUUGUUACAACAACACACCCUCUGAAUUUAGGCUCCAAUGGCUACAGAAUAAAACCACUGACUCCUUUAAGUUUGAUAUAUAUAUUUUUUAAAUAUCAGUAAAUUUGUUUCAGGGAAACAAACAUGUAAAUAAAGGCUAAAAUUUUGAAA